CUGUCCUUCCAUAACCCUUUAAAAGUAGAGAGUAAGAGAGACAGAGAACAGGAGUGGAAUCUCUCUCCCUCUGCAACACCAUCCACAAUCAUGGGUAGAUCCUUCAAUUACUGAACUUGCAGGCGACCAGAAAAAGAAAGAAGGAUAAGGAGAAACUCAAAAAAGAAGAAGAAGAAGAGUGGACAUGUUUAAAGCAACCAAUGGGCUCAUAGGAGCCAUAAACUUCAUAAUCUUCCUCAUAUCAAUCCCCAUUUUAGGAGGUGGAAUAUGGCUGAGCACCAAGGCUAACACUGAUUGCCUGAGAUUUCUGCAAUGGCCCAUCAUCAUAAUAGGCCUUUGCCUCAUGGUUCUCUCUCUUGCUGGUUUCGUGGGCGCCUGUUAUCGAAUCUCCUGGCUCUUGUGGCUCUAUCUCUUUCUCAUGUUCUUCGUCAUCGUCGCGCUAGUUGGCUUCACGAUUUUCGCCUUCGCUGUUACUUCGCGGGGAUCUGGUCGACCUAUGAUGAACAGGGCUUAUUAUGACUACAGUCUCUCUGAUUACUCAGGGUGGUUAAAGGACAGAGUUUCGGAUCCUGAGUAUUGGGAGAAGAUCGUUUCUUGUAUUAGGGAUGCCAAGGUUUGCCAGAAAAUGGGUAGGUAUUAUGGUUAUAUGCCUGAAACAGCUGAUGAAUUUUACAGAAGGCAUCUCAGUCCCAUCGAGUCGGGUUGCUGCAAGCCACCGACGGUGUGCGGGUACAUGUACAUCAACGAGACGACGUGGGAUCAGAGUGGCGGCACCAUGGGCUAUGGUGACCUGGACUGCUCCCGGUGGAACAAUGACCAGUCUCAGCUGUGCUAUACUUGCAACUCAUGCAAGGCAGCAGUCCUCGCCAACCUGAAGCACGACUGGCGGAAGGUCGCAGUCCUCAACAUUGUGAUGCUUAUUGUACUGGUCAUAGUCUACGUCAUUGCCCUCGCUGCAUUCCGAAACAACCGCAGGAUCGAUAACGAUGAGCCGCAGGGCGUGAACCGCAUGACCAAGGCCCAGCCAUCCAGGAUCCAUUUCUAACCAUAUAUAUCUUCCUUUUAAUUUUCUCUUCAUACCCUAUACUCGUCCGUAAACAUAUAUGUUUUAUUUCUUUUCAAGCUUCUGUAUAAUUACCCUUUUCUUAUCUGUAGUUUCUUUGGGUUUUCUUCAUUUUUCUUUUUUUUUCUGAACAAUACCACUCUUGAUAUGUAUAUGUUUUGUAUCAUAACUCGGUCCUAAUGCCAUUCUGUUGUUUUUCCCCUCU